AUGUUUUUGACACAGAAUAUAAUAUUAGAUUUAUUGGGAAUUUUUGUCGCUCUAAUAACAAUUUUUGCUGCAAAACACUUAUGGACACUUGGAUAUUGGAAAAGGAGAGGAGUUGCUGGCCCAGGAGGCAUAUUUCUCUUUGGAAGCAUGAAGGACGUUUUUUUAUUUAAAAAGACUUUGCAAUAUUUCUUCAAGGAAUUAUACAGUGAAUAUAAAUCAAAAGGUGAACGCUAUAUUGGAUGCUAUUUAUCCGGUAGACCAAUUUUUAUUCCCAUUCAUAUAGAUGUGAUCAAAGAAGUGUUGAAUAAUCAUGAACAUUUUGAUAGUCACGGUUCUUAUUUCAAUGAAAAUCAACCGUUAACAACCAAUGUGUUUGCAUUAGGAGGGACUAGAUGGAAAGAAGUUCGCGCUAAACUUACGCCAACUUUUACACCCGCUAAAAUAAAAAUGGCCUAUAAUUCUCUUUUAGAUUGCAAAUUGGAUUUAGAAGUGCUUCUUUAUAAAUCUUCCAAAAAUAAUCCCGUUAAUAUUAGCGAUAUAUUAGUACGUUUUACGACUCAUGUAAUUGGAACUUCUGCAUUUGGGCUAGACCUUGGCUGUAUGAACGAUUCUGAUAAACCUUCUGAUUUCGUAAUUAAUGGUAACAAAGUACUUGGGCCAUCAAUUCAAAAUUCAAUACGAUUUAUACUUCCGUUUGUCGUAAAUCAUGAUAUUUUAAGAGCAUUAAAUUUUAAUGCUUAUAGCCAAGAUACUACCGAUUUUUACGUCAAUACCACGUUGUCAACGAUCAAAUAUAGAGAAGAAAAUAAUACUGAAAGAAACGAUUUUAUGGAUCUACUGAUUAAAAUGAAAAACAGUAAAAACGACCAAGAGAGGCUGACAAUUUCUGAAAUAAUAGGACAAUCUUUUAUAUUCUAUAUCGCUGGAUUUGAAACUUCCUCCAGUUCAACAAAUUUUGCAAUUUUUGAAAUUGCGCGGCAUCAAAGUAUUCAGGAUAAACUUCGUCAGGAAAUAAAUCUAGUGCUGAAUAAAUACGAUAACCAUAUUACUUAUGAAGCUGUACAAGAAAUGGUUUACCUAGACCAGGUUGUAUAUGAAACUUUGCGGAUGUAUCCACCAGUACCAUUUUUGAUGAGAGAAUGUAACAAAGACUACAAAGUGGUUGGAACGGAUUUUUUAAUUGAGAAGGGAACGCCGGUGUUUAUUCCUUCUACCGGAAUCCAGUACGAUCCUGAGUAUUAUCCAAAUCCGGAUAAAUUUGACCCCGAAAGAUUCAGUGCCAAUAAUAGGAGGACCAUACCAUCUUAUUCAUGGUUACCUUUUGGAGAGGGACCCAGAAUUUGUUUAGGUAUUCGAUUUGGACUUCUACAAGUUAAAGUCGCUAUAAUAACUCUUAUACAAAAUUUCAAAUUUUCUCUCAACGAAAAGACUACAUUACCACUUAAAUUGAAUAAUUCGCUACUUCUGUUGAAAUGUGAUGAUGGAAUUUAUAUUGAUUUAGAGAGAAUAAAUGGAGGAGAUCAAACAAGUGAAGAAAAAAAUUAG